CGCGACUUAUGGGUGAUGGUUGUUUCUUCCUCACCUUAUGAACAUAUGAUUGGCAAACCCGAUGUGAAGUACGUAGCCAAUAUACAUGGGAAUGAAGCCGUGGGUCGUGAGUUAAUGUUACAUCUGAUUCAUUACUUCGUAACGAAUUAUGGAUCGGAUCCAUUUGUUACGUGGCUUCUAGACAAUACUAGAAUACACAUUCUGCCAUCUAUGAAUCCUGAUGGUUUCGAAGUUUCUAAAGAGGGAUAUUGCGAAGGUGGGAGAGGAAGAUAUAAUGCCCGUGGUUUCGAUUUAAACCGCAACUUCCCCGAUUACUUCAAACAAAACAAUAAGAAAAGCCAACCGGAAACAGAGGCUGUUAAAGAAUGGGUGUCCAAAAUUCAGUUCGUAUUGUCUGGAAGUUUACAUGGAGGUGCCUUGGUUGCCAGUUAUCCGUUCGACAAUACACCGAAUUCACUCUUUCAGAGUUACACCUCGGCGCCAAGCAUUUCGGCGGACGACGACGUGUUCCAACACCUGUCGCUGGUGUACUCUCGUAACCAUGGAUCCAUGCACCAAGGACUACCGUGUUCACCGUCUCAACCGGGAUUCAAGAAUGGUAUCACGAACGGGGCGCAAUGGUACCCGCUCACCGGUGGAAUGCAAGACUUUAACUACGUGUGGAACGGUUGCAUGGAGAUCACGUUAGAGCUAUCCUGCUGCAAAUUUCCACCAGCUUCCGACUUGCAAUUCUACUGGGACGAAAAUCGUGCUGCUCUCAUUAAGUUCUUAGCAGAAGCUCACAGAGGUGUACGUGGAUUUGUAGUCGAUGAGAACGGGAAUCCGAUCGAAAGAGCGUCCAUUAAAGUGAAGACACGGGACGUUAGUUUCCUUACCACGAAAUAUGGUGAAUUCUGGAGAAUUUUAUUACCAGGACUGUAUAAACUUGAGGUAUACGCCAAUGGAUACCUUCCCCGCGAUGUAGAAUUUAGAGUAGUAGAACAGCACCCGACGUCUUUCAACGUAACGUUAUAUAAGGCGAAUAUUAGAUAUCCUAACGAAGAGGAAAAUGGAUCCAACUUCUACACAGGAAACAGGGACCAACUUCAUCGAGAUCACGUGAUACAUUUUCGACCACAUCCUGGAACCAACACUGCAGCUUCUGACGCGAACAGUGGGAUUUUCUCGUCUCUCAGUAACGGAUUCAAUUCUUUCGUCAGUAAUUGGUUUGGGUGAUUAAUAAUAAUUUAUUGAAACCGAUACGGUCAAUUAAAUUAUCAUCGACGCA